AUGAACAAUCAAGGUUUUGUUUCCAAUAUUAAUUCAAGAAUUCGUCAUGGAGUCAAUUCAAAUGGUUUAGAAUCAAGUUCAUCAACACAAUUACCACCAUUAUCAAAUAUGAAUGAAAGAUUACCAUCUAUUGGUGAAUUAUUUAAUAAUAAUGGAAACCAUGGUAUCAUUGAACCAUUUCAACCAAUUAACAAUUAUACUUAUAAUCAACAACCAAGAUCAACACCAUUUGAUCCACCACAUUAUUCAAAUUAUAAUAAUAAUAGUUCAUUACAAACACCAUUAUCAACUGAUUCAAUCUUGUCACAAAAUUUAAAUAAUAGUAGACGUGAAAGUUAUGAGUAUACUUUGAAUCAAAUUCCAUCAAAUCAAAGAGCAGUCUCACCUGGAUUUGAAUCAUCAGAAGAUGAAGAAACACCUCAACUAGCAACAAGUACUACAGAUCAUGAUGAUAGAUAUGUUUCCAAAAAUGAUCAUUCAAAAUAUUUAUAUCUUGAUACAAUGGCUCAUUUAGCUGAAUUGUGUAAUUUGAUUGAAAAAGGUGUUGAAUCUUCAAAAGAAAUUCAUGAUUUUUAUCAAAAUGAACAAUAUAAACUUUAUUCAGGUUUAGUCAAUUCUUUAGAAGAUGGAACUUGUGAUUUUAGUAAAGAUUCAAUUGAAAAGAUUAUGAAUAAUUUGAACAUUACUAGAAAUUUUUACCAAAAAAUUUAUGAACAUCGUGGUGAAUUGAUAAAGGAAGACGCAACAAGAGAACGUUAUGCCACAUCAGAUAAUUCUUUAUCAAUCUCACCAGAAGGUGAAACCACAUCAGGUGAAACCACAAGUGAAGCAGGAACUUCAAGUGAAAAGACCACACCAUUAGAAUAUGGUAGAACUAUUUCACCAGAACCAAGAACUUCAUCUUCAUCAUCAUCAACAAUGACCAUGACCACCAGAUCAACAAAAGAUCGUUCUUUAUCAAUUUCACCAAAGACUAAUGGUUCAAAAAUUGGUAAAAAAUCAUCCUCAUCCACAAAUGGUAAAAUCAAGAAGGCUAAAGCAAAGAAGACUGCUUAUAUCCCAGGUAAAUUGUGUAAACAAUGUGAUUCAGAUGAAACACCAGAAUGGAGAAGAGGACCAUAUGGAUCAGCAACUUUAUGUAAUGCUUGUGGAUUAUUUUAUACCAAAUUGAUGAAUAAAUAUCAUGAUUUAGAAUUGGCUAAAUCUUUGAUGGAUAAAAGAAGAAUUGAAGGUUUGAAAAAUGAUAGAAGAAUUCCAAAUAUGGGGGCUAAAGAUUUAUAUAAGACUCUGAAAUGA